GGGAGGCGAGGAGGAGGCGGAGGCGCCGCUGCUCGCCGGGCCCACGCCCCUCGGCGGCGCUGACAGCUCACGGGCGCCGCGGCCGGGUGUCGGGAGCGCGCCGGGCGGCACCGCGGCGCUCCUCCGGGUCGCGGCCGGGGCGGAGAGCCGGCCUCCUGGGGACCCCGCAUCCGGGGCCCGAAGAUGCUGCGGUCCGUGUGGGCUUUUCUGAAACGUCACAAAAAGAAAUGCCUCUUCCUGGGCACCGUGCUCGGAGGAGUAUAUAUCCUGGGGAAAUAUGGACAGAAGAAAAUCCGAGAAAUGCAAGAAAGGGAGGCAGCGGAAUACAUUGCCCAAGCGCGACGGCAGUACCAUUUCGAGAGCAACCAAAGGACCUGCAAUAUGACAGUGCUAUCCAUGCUUCCAACACUUAAAGAAGCCUUAAUGCAGCAACUCAACUCUGAGAGCCUCACAGCUCUGCUGAAAAACAGGCCUUCAAACAAGCUAGAAAUAUGGGAGGACCUGAAGAUAAUAAGCUUCACGAGAAGCGUUGUGGCUGUGUACAGUACAUGUAUGCUGGUCGUUCUUUUACGGGUUCAGUUAAACAUAAUUGGUGGAUACAUUUACCUGGAUAAUGCAGCAGUUGGCAAAAAUGGCACUACAGUCCUCGCACCCCCCGAUGUCCAGCAGCAGUACUUAUCAAGCAUCCAGCACCUCCUUGGAGAUGGCCUGACUGAAUUGAUCACUGUCAUUAAGCAAGCUGUGCAGAACAUUCUAGGAAGUGUGUCUCUUAAGCAUUCCUUGUCCCUUUUGGACUUGGAGCGAAAAAUAAAAGAGAUCAGAGCCCUCGUUGAGCAGAAAGCCUCUACUCCCUGGGUGGAUGAGGACGGCCCCGGAUCCUUCCUGUGCUGUUACAUGAUGCCGGACGAGGAGGCCCCACUGGCCAUCCAGGCCUGUGGACUUUCCCCCAGAGAUGUGACCACACUUAAACUCCUCAACGAAACCAGGGACAUGCUGGAGAGUCCAGAUUUCAGGACGGUGUUGACCACCUGCCUGGACCGAGGCUUCAGCCGGCUGCUGGACAGCGUGGCCGAGUUCUUCUGCCCCACAGGACAGGACCUGCAGCACGGGGCCGCCGUGCACAGUCUUUCCAGUGUCAGCCUGCCUUUAGCAAAGAUAAUUCCGAUCAUAAAUGGACAGAUCCAUUCAGUGUGCAGUGAAACACCCAGUCAUUUUGUUCAGGAUCUGCUGAUGAUGGAGCAGGUGAAGGACUUUGCAGCCAAUGUGUAUGAGGCCUUCAGCACCCCCCAGCAGCUGGAGAAGUGACAUUCCUCCGAGAGAAACUGCCGUCAGGUUCAUUUACUUAAAAAGAAAAUACACUGAAUUGACAAUCCAUAGAGUAACAAUUUAUUACCAGAAUGCCUAAUAAAAAUAUAUUCUUACUCAGAUUCCUCAUUUCAUAAUGAAAUUGGUUUAUUUGACAUCUUGAUUUAUUUUUUUGGUUGUCAACAGGCCAGUUUUUGUGGGCAUCGCUGAAUGUACACACAGUGUAAAUGCCAGAAUUGUUAAUAGAUUGUUACAACAGGGAUAUCAGUUCCAAACUGACUAAAAGCAAGGUUCAUUUUAACUGGUGAUACACUGUAGAUACUUUUUUAUAUAAUAUGAAAUGCAGUGUGCUUUGACAUUAAUACUGAGGAAAUCGCUGUUUGGGAAAUGGGUCUAGAAUGUGUUAAGUUUGGAAAAGACGCUAUUUAAUUAAUCUGAAAGUUCAGGAGACUGCAGUGAGCAGGGGUGGGUUGGACUCUUCUCUAGGUACUAUUCAAAGGAAUAAAGUAUUUGUCUCAAAUACAUCUUGAUGGAGACUUUUCUUCAUCUGGAAAUCAGGGAAUUGUGACAAGUAUGGUCAGCUGGUUUUUCUUUGCUAUUGUAAUGAGCCUUAGAAAAUUACACUGACUUAGAAGCUGAAAUUGUGCUGAUGCCUGCUACUCCCAGCUCUUUUAACGAGUUUUAUUCAUUUGUAUGUAAAUAAUUUUAGGAGUUUUCUUUGUAUUGAUUUGGGGCACAGUCAAAUCUUAUUGCAAUAAAAUAUUUUAGUAACA